UGUACAACUAGAAUUCACUACGCACCUUUACUGGGUCUGUGUCUGUGCAGAAAUCUUCCACUACUCAGACGAUGGAGAAAUCAUUAGAUUCGCAUUUAGAUGACAUGUAAGCCUGCAUUUUUCUUUCUUUUACCUCUUAGUGUCUUAUUUCUAUCACCAAUAUGUGUAUUUAUCCCUUUUUCCAUUCUUCUAGAAUGUCUGAACAUGGCGUCAUUGGAGUAUUAUGUAGCGAUCAGCAAGGACUUGCUUUGUCAGGUUCGCGAAGUUUAUGUCAGCUUUACGUUUUUCUUUAAAUCUUUUUUACACCCAUUUAUUUUCUUGCCAUCCUUAGCUUCAGCGCAACGCCAAGAUAAUGUGUUAUUGUAUUAUUUGAUGGUAAUUAGUAAUUAGUCACUGGUAAAUCACAUGACAUUUAUUUUGAUAAACUUUUUGUCACAAUUUUUUUUCUGAACAUGUAUAAUGCAUUGAGUGUGAUAAAAAAAGGCUCUAUUCGUUUACAGUCCGAGUGAGGUUGGGAAAUAACAUUUUUCCUGUCAAGCAAGAGUACAAGAAUUCAGCAUUAAAUGAAUCAAUAACUAAAAUUGUACAUUUUUCAGUGUCAGUUCAUCAGUUUAUAUAAUGUUCCUAUUCUCUAUUGUAAAUCUACAUGUUUGUUUAAAAAAGUGUUUUAACCUUUGUGCAGAUCAAACGAAUCUCAGCAUUAAAUCAAUUUUCAAACGUUAAAAAUUGUUUGAUCAAGGAAAAAAUUUAUUCCUCUUUAUUCCAAACCUGGUUGCGAGAUAUAUUGUCAGUUGAUCAGUUGGGAAUUAAUGUUCCUAUUCUCUAUUGUAAAUCUACAUUUUUUUUUUACAAAUCUCUUCCAUUUCAUUAUACAGUUAAAUCUUGAUAACUUAAACCCUUAUUAACUUUAACUAAAAUAAAUUUCCCCCAGAUUUCUGUCAUACAUUAACUGAAAUUUUACCCUUGCUAAUGCAAGCCCUUGAUAACUCAAACCUUCUACAGACUGAAAGCAAGUUUUGUUUCCCUCCAGGCCACUCUCUAUAUGUUUUUCAAAACAUGAAAAAUCAAAACAGACAGUGUACUGCAGUCCAAAAUGUUGUGAUUUAUGCAGAAAUUUAAUGUUCCAUUUUCACUCAACUCCUUUAUAAUUUGAUUUGACCAAAAUGUAUUUGUUUGAAUAGGAACACAGUUUUUCCCUUAUUUUCAGCAUUUUGUUUUCCACUCCCAAUCUCUUAAUUUCCUGAUAACUUGAACUCUUUUCAAUUUAUUUUCAAAGAUUUGAGUUAUUGAGAUUUGACUGUAGUUUAUGAAGUAUAAGUUAAGUGCACACAAUGAAGAAAAGAUUGUGCUAGGUUUUUUAAAGCAUUGGAAGACUAUUGUUAGCAACACUUCCCUCACCCAUUUCCCCUCUUCCCCCCCUCCCCCAUUAUGUUAUCAGGUGUCUCUGAUAGUCUGCUGUUACCUACAGUAGUUUAUACUCCUGGGUGAAGAGGGGUACAUAGUUUCCUCAAGAUUUUAAUCAUUUUUUUAAAUUUUUGAGUGCCUAUUUUGCACCUAGUAAUAUGAAUGAAGAGAGUGCACAUGUCUUAUUUGCUGAAAACGAGUGCAUUUUUCAUGUCACAGAAGUGCAAAGUUGUCACACAAUUGUAAAGUUGCAGCAAAAGUGCAAAUUACAAAUAGCAUGUGUGUACUGGAAAAAUUUUGUUCAAUGUGAUGGGUUUUUCAUGUAAAUUAAUAUCAAGUAAUAACAAGAUUCCUCCUACAAUGCAGUGUAAAUAAGCGUGAGUUAAUGUUUCAAAGACAACAAAAUUGCACUCACCCUAUGGGCUUGUGAAAUUCUGUUGCUUCAAAAAAUUUACUCUUGCUUAUUAAUUAACAGUGAAUUGCACUCAAAAUCAUGUUAUUACUACACUAAUUACAUGAGAAAUCAUGUUAUUACUUUGUAAUAAUUUACAUGAAUCACAAAGCAUUACAGAUAGUUAAGACCUUAUUUGUUAUUUGCAACUUUGCAACUUUUUGUUACAUGGAAAUUGCACUCAUUUUCAGCCAGUCAGAAGCCUGUAAUUUUUCUAGUUUAUUUUAACCAGAUAAAUGGGGAACUUACAGAAAGUGCAAUUUGUUUGACCAGCAUACAUACCCAAACAAUAUUCUUAAUUUUUCAUUCUUUCUUAUAUCUACACGUAUAUUGAAUGUGUGUAUUUUACUUCUAAUUUUCUUUCCUUAUUCCAUGCACUCUGCAAAUAGCUAAAGGUACAGCAAAUCCCAUGUAUGCAGGACUGAUUUCCUCUUUGGCAGAGAACGCAAAGCAAAUUUACCCGGACAGAGUGCCUGUCAUUUGCUUAGAGUCAGAUGCAUGGUAAGUAACUUUUUGAACAUAGUUCUAGGAUGCAAGAGUUAAACAUCAGUGAUCAAAUAAUAUUUUAGUGAGGCUGAAAAAUGCAUGAGGGUCUCACAGUUAACCCUUUCACUCCCAAGAUCUCUGGAGUAGUUCUCCUUACUGUCUACUGUACAAUUCUCAUGAUGUGACAAUGGAGAAUUUGGUAUUGGAUCUUGAAACUAAUAAUACCCAUAUUGUGCUUUUUUUUAAUUCUCAUCACCUGUAUGAUUGUACUGAUAUUGUAAGGAUACAUGUUAAUGAUGUCAUGGUCAUGAUGAGCAAAUCUUUUGUGACAUUUCCACUGCUUGUGCUAGGCAUUAAUCCUAUUUUAUUGCAGUAAUAAUAAUAGUAAUAAUAAUAAUAAUAAUAAUAGUAAUGAUAAAAUUAAAAAGCUAAUUGGGGACACCGAUUUAAUUGAAAGUAAAACUUAUUAAAAAAGUAAUUGAGACAAUUUCAUCCACUGUACAUUGAUUAUUCUCAUCUAAGAGUUAAAAUAUGAAAUCUUCAUGUACAAUCAAAAACCUGUAAUCUAUUGUUUGAAUUGUCUUUUUAUGAAAUUACCUCUUCCAGCCAAAAGUAAAAACAAUUAUUAACCACGAACACAUAGUGUGGUCUGCCUGUGGUUAUCUUUGAACAAAAUAAUUCUCAAAAUAGUUUGAUAACAAGAGAGUUUAUGGAGACCAGUCAGGGAAAUUGAUAACUUGACUGUAAGACCCUUUGGAACAAUGGGGGUUGAACUAAAACUCCUCUUAAUGUUAUUAUUUUCUUAUUAUUUCUUCUUUCAGUAAUCUGCUUGUGAGAUCAGAAGGAAAUGUCACAGUUGCCAUCCAUAAAGUUCCCUCAUAACAUACACAACAGUUGGAAACAUGAAAUUAUUAUAACCCCAAUUUUUGUUUGUAAAUGAACUUUGAAUUUCCUAUCAAUAAAAGAAAAUAAAGAAUACCUCUGAGUGAAAUUAAAAACAAAUUUGAUGUGUUCCAUUAGGGAGAAUGUAGGCUGGGUGAGGCUGUAUGUUUGUAAACUAUUCCUAAUGAGCAGCAAGGUAUUGAUGAAAAGGGAAUAUCCCCCUGAAUUGUGGACAAGAAGUCUGCACCGGGAGGUCUGAAAA